UCCGAGGUCAAUCGGGACACGUGCAGUCGCCAUCGAACUCUCACGCGUUUGGUAGUCAAAAUGUCAAGGGAUUUACAGUGGCUGGUUAUACGUAAAAGCUCUAGCUAUCUCUUGAAGUCCAAAACUGCUACUUUUACAAAGGAACCAUUUAAUUUGAUGGGUAAGAACAGCUACAAAUACAACGGACUAGUCAACAAGCAAGCUAUCGAUAUUCGUCCAGAUCCAGCUGGCAAAGGAGCUAUUGUGUCUGUCAAAAAUAGACGCCGUCACCACCGCCCAGUCGUCAGUGCUUAUUCGUAUCCUUUGUUACGAGGGUCUAGACGUGCUAUUCGUACGCUCAAGCAGCAGGGAAUCGUUCGCUGCUAUAGAGCAGACUUGACUGAUGCCGCCGUACGACGAACUUGUGCUAUCUACCGAAGUCAGAGACCUACUUCUGGAGUUCAGAAACGCCGAUCGAGGAAGAAGCGUGCUCAGUAGACUGUUGCAGCUUGAUUCUGUCUGUGUUAGGUUCUAGCCUGAAAAUAAAGUAUGGAACAAGAGA